AAUAUGUGAAUUAUUUGUUUAGAAUUUUAUUAUGACCUCUUCAACCGAGAGUGAAUUGACCUCUGCAGAGUUAUACUCAAAGCUAUUUCAUUCAUUCAAAUCUAAAGGAGUGUUACAGUCAGUAAAGACUCAAUUAAGGAACCGAAUUGCUUUAGAAUUACACGCUAAGGCAUCUUUUAAAACUGAAAAAUCUCAAAAUUAUGGUUCAGGUAGUGGUUCGUUGUUUUUGCAUGUGUCAAACAGCUUGAUCAUGGAUCAUUUAAAGCAGUAUCCUUACACACAAUCAGUGUUCAUUUCAGAGAGUUUGACAGAUCCUGAAAAAGUAUAUUCUGUGGAAGACAUUUUGGAGCUACUUCACAUUAACCCAGAUGCAAAGCUUUAUCAAAAACUGAUGAAAAUGUCGAAACAAAGUGAAAAUGUUAAAGGUUUUCUUUGGUCCUUCUUGUUAAAUCUAGCAGGCUCUUAUGGCUAUUCCACCAUGGACCGUUGUGUACAAACAGAUGAUUGCCAAUGGCAGCAACUAUGCUCAAUUGAUGAAAAACUGCUUGAUGUGGAAAGAGCACAACUCCAAAAAUUUAACGAGCAUUCCAAGGGCACGAAUAUGUCAUUAGAAGCAAAAGUGUUAUCAUUUCAACGAAAGUAUGAAGAACAAAAAAGGGCUGAGUUGAAGGCUGAGAUGGAGAGAUUUCGAUCUACUGAGCUUGCAAACAUGCGACUUGAAGAAAAAGAGAAGUAUCAAUCUGAGAUUGAUAAUGCUAGAAUAGAGUAUGAAGCUUAUUAUCAACAAAAAUUAAAAGAUCUAGCAACAAGAGAGGAAGACAUCCUAGGAAGAUCUACAAAGGAAAAACAGUUCUUCGAUAAAGAAGCAUUUGAAGAACGUCAAAAACUUCUUAAUGAGAUGCAACUGUUGAAAGAACGUGAAAUGAAAAUGAAGAAGAAUCAUGAAAUUGCUCUCAGGUCUGUUGGCAUGCAAGAAGAGAAACUCCAAUUAAAAGCUGAGCAACUAAAGUUUAAGGAAGAGUCUAUGAAAGAUAUUGAAGAUCGAUAUGAAAUGCGCCUAAACGAUGAAAUUUCCAGAGUGAAAUUUGACCUGCAACAACAAGAGAAGAUGGAGGCAGAGUCCUUACAAUCACAAAAAAUUCAACUUAAAGAGGAGAAACUCAAUUUUCAAUUUCAAAAGGACACAUUUUUAAGAUGGAAGGAGCAAGCAGAAAGGCUAAAAGAUGAAAAUCAGCAGCUUAAUAUUGCGCUCAUGACAGCAAAGCAGGCAAACUCUACAUGGAAUCAAAAAUAUGAAAUGCUUGCUGAACAGUACAAAAAGGUAGAAGAUUACAGCGAAAUCAAAAGCGAAAAAAUUUUAAUUCAAAGAGAUGCAGAGUUGCUAAAAAAAAAAAUCGAGGAGCUUCUUCUAGACAAGUCAAAACGAGAGAAAGAGCACCAGAAGUUGAUAAAAGAAUUAUUGAACAAAAUAUCAACGUCGGAUGUUACUGAAGGUGGAGAAGCUGUUAACAAAGAAUUCGAAGAAACGCGACUAAGAGAACAACAAUUGCGCGAAAAAUAUCAAACACUUCAAAACAAAUAUGAACUGGAGGUCCUGAAAAACGAAGAUCUACGUAAACUCUAUGAAGACUGUUUGUUAUCGCAACGGGAAUGCUUACGAGAGAUCGAUGAGUUGCGAACAGCCCUAAUGAUGGCGAAACGAGAAAGCGAGAAGUUUAGGAACACUAAAAAUGCGGUUACUUACAAUAUGGGCGCUCAACCUCGCUUGCCAUCUAACGAAUUUUCACAAAAAACAUCCAGUACAAGACGGAAGCUCUUACAAGAAAACUCGCCAAGCGAAAAGAAUAUGGAUUUUCAUUUUGAGGCAUCUGAUAACGUAUUCAAGAAAUUGGAGGAGGAAGCAAUGCAGUUGGAAAAAUCAUACAAGGACUUCCAAAGUCGUCAGAAGCAAUCCAAGACGCAAUCUCAAGUCUAUUUCAGUUCUUACGUACAAAGAAAGAGCAAAAGCACUAAUGAUAGCCAGGAUCCCAUCCAACGCUCUCCUGGAAACAGGAAUGGUCAAAAUAUAGUGUCAAGCUCUCCUAGAAAUGACACAAUGUUUCAGUAUCAAAGCUCUGAUAGGCAUAGUUUUGACUUAUCUCGCCUGAUACCAGACAGAUCAGUAUUAUCUAACGAACGCUCUAAUGACGUUAAGCUAGGACCGGACUACUUCUCCACCGGUUCAGUUCGAACUAAUGAUCACCAAUCUUCAAGCGGAACAUCACAGCCACUAUCGUCGACACAAGCACCAGGUGCAAGUAGUCACGCUCUGUCCUUUGGCUUAUCAGGUUUGACAUAUACCCAGGAUAGGAUAGAUAAAAGACCUCCACCAGCGCAAGGUAGAAACGCUAAAUCAAACGCCGUAGUAAAUAACCUCGAAGAACAGAAGAUUUCUUCCCAAAAAAUAAACUUGGUUCAUUUAAAAAGGAACGAAGCUCAAAGUGUCUUUGCAGAAACAGCUGCCACACCCACAGUUAAUGCUCCCUCAUCCACUACAUUGGCUACAACGUGUUUUUCUUUAACUCAAAAUCCACUGCGUGAAACCACGGUAACUAGUGACUCCCUUACACAGCAUCCGCUUUAUGAUAGUCGAAACUAUAAUACACUAACUCAGUACCCGUUGAUCGAAUCUGAUCUGCAAACUCCAGCUUUAAAGGCAAGAGACUUGGUUACCCCGAAGACUAAAAAACUCGAUACACUUACUGAGCAAAGCAUUGGUGCAGAUCUUUCAGUAACUGUUGUGGAGGAGGACGCAGGCGCAAAUAAUCUAGGUUCUGUAGUUGUAAAACGGUUGGAAGAAGGUAUAAAAAAGGUUGAAGAGAGUCGGCAGAAUAGAGCGAACUCAGUGGAGCAGGAAUUUGACUUGAAGGAAGCAACUAUAACAACUUUUGAAAGUCCAACUAAAUCUGAAUCAAAAGUUGUCAAUGAUGUUUUCUACACGCCAGCCGCUGCUCAUAAGAAUAAUAACCUGAAUAAUGAUAAUAAUAACAAAGGUGCAACACCAAAUGAAGUUGCUAAUGAAAACAGUGAUGACCUAUCAUCAGGAAAAUAUUCUGUCGACCAAUCGAAGUCUACUGUGCAAGAGCUAACCAACAAAGACGAUGUUAGCAAAGUCGAUUCUUUAUUAAGCGAAGGUGAAGUUGACCAAGGUGGGCAAGUUAAUGAUGUAAUGGCGCAGUAUAUGAAAAUGAUUUUGCAGAAAAAAGAAGAAGAAAAAGAAAAAGAACAAGACGAUGUCGCAAGUGAUGCACAGGUUACUGACUAUAAUGACAUCCCCGUCUCGGAUACUGAAGAGCGCCAAAUAAGCGAGAAAAGUUCAAUAUCAGAGUUCGAAUGGUAAAAUGCGUUCGGAGAAAUGGGAAUAACAUGCACGGUUGCUUUCAAAGAACGUGAAGCCACAGGUCGUGGUCAUCUUUACAAACUUGUUAUCAACAUUCAAUUUUUUUUACAUAUAUUUAGUAUCUGUAUAAAUAAAAGAUUUUACGUCUUGUUUAUUAUGUACAAACCAAUGUAUAAUUCCGUGUGUAUAUAUUAUUACUGUGGAAAUAUAUAAUAUCGAACAAACAAAAUUUCGGAUGACGACAUCAGCCAAGGGAAUUCAUAAAAUGUUUUAAUGAGUUUCCUCUGCCAAUAAUCUUUUUCAUGUGAUAUUGACAAUAAAAUGUGGGCGAUUUGUCAAUGCUGGCCUUUUGUUGUUAAACUCGUGAUUAGGAGAUUUUGUUUCACCAGCGAUUUUUAAAACAUGAUUCUGAAACUAACAAUGUUAUUUUUUGAUAGCACUACACGACAGCCGAUGUGUUCUCUUCCAUCGUUGACUUUUUACAAGGUUUAAAAUAUG